AUGUCCCCUGACGCCGCUCUCCUGUCACUCUCUCGGGUCUCCGCCUGGGCGACUGGUGCUUCGACCCACAGUUGGAUGAACCCAGGAGGGCGGGGAGAGAGAGUGGGACUCAGCAGCCAACCAGGACUCGGCACAAGCCCAGCCAAUCGGGUCGGGCCCGUUGGGACUGGGCCAAUCGGGCUCGACCAGGAAGACCUGAGUCAGAGCCUGCGCCUCCGGCUCCCGGCCGUGGGUGGCGCGGUGCGGGCUCGGCCAAAUCGGGCCGGGCCAGGCCGGGCUCCUGGCUCGCCGGCUCGCGGGCUCUCGGGCUCUCGGGUGACCCCGGCUGUCAGGCCAUGGUGCGGCACCGUGCUGGUGGAGUGCGGCACCGUUUGGGGCUCCGGCGUGGUCGUGGCGCCCCGCCUGGUGGUGACCUGUCGGCACGUGGCCCCUCGGGAGGCCGCCAGGGUGCUGGUGCGCUCCGCCACCCCCAAGAGUGUGGAGAUCUGGGGCCAUGUGGUGUUUACCACCCAAGAGACAUCUCCCUAUGAUAUAGCGGUGGUGAGCCUGGCGGAGGACUUGGAUGAUGUCCCCAUGCCUGUGCCCGCUGAGCACUUCCAUGAAGGCGAGGCUGUCAGUGUGGUGGGCUUCGGUGUCUUCGGCCAGGCUUCUGGGCCCUCGGUGACCUCGGGCAUCCUGUCGGCUGUGGUGCAGGUGGAUGACAUACCAGUAAUGCUGCAGACCACAUGUGCUGUGCAUGGCGGCUCCAGUGGGGGCCCCCUCUUCUCCACUCAUUCAGGAGACCUCCUUGGCAUCGUUGCCAGCAACACCAGGGACAAUAACACGGGGGCCACCUACCCCCACCUGAACUUCAGCAUCCCCAUCACGGUGCUCCAGCCAGCCCUGCAGCACUACAGUCAGACCGGCGACCUGGGUGGCUUCCGAGAGCUGGACCGCGCCUCUGAGCCAGUCAGGGUGGUGUGGCGGCUACAGCGGCCUCUGGCAGAGCCCCCACGGAGCAAGCUCUGAGGCUGUGUCGCCCCUCUGGAAAGGAGAGUGACCUUUUCCUGCCGUAGGAAGUGAUGUUGAGGUGGUGGCAGCCUCAUCUUCUAGGGCCCAACACCUGUCGGGCCUGUCCCUGCCGGGCUGCCUCCCGUCUCUACCCGCUGAUGGCAUUCUGGGUUCUGGGUUUCUCUUCCAGCCCCACAGGUCUGUGGGUCUGUAACCUGGCAGCCCAUUCUUGGGUGCUUUCUUGAGCCUCACCUCUCUGUCCCCCAGCACUAGACUCAACUGUGGCAUUUUUCCCUUGUGGGGAGCCUAGUACACCUGCACAAAAGCUCUGGGCCUGACAGGAAGAUACUGGCUGGAAGGCAGGCCCAGGCCUGGUGGUGCAUCUGUUCCCCCGAUGACCACUGGCUACCAGGAGCGGUCACUUCACUGGGUCUUUGGCUCCUGCCUUCCUCUCAGUCAGAGUCCAGGCUGACAGGACUUGGGUGUACCUCCGCAGCGAGGCCCUGCUCUGAAGGCCAGAGACGAAGGGGCGGAAACAGGUGUGUGUCCCUGCUGUGCCCAGCCUGUGGGCAGGCAGGUUGCUGAAGUCAGCACUCUUGGGUCUCCGUGUGCCACAGGGGCACUCUGACACCGUGCCUUCGUUUUCCAGCCCACAGCCUGGGUCUCGGGGAUCUUGGGGGAGUCGAACCUGCCUGGUUGGGACUUGGGAAUAAACACAAACUACUGGAGAA